GGUUGUUAUGGCAACUAUAAACAUUCUGCGGGAGCAUGCACAGUUGUUAUGGGAACGGUCUGCGGGAGCAUGAAGGAAGCAGGAUUGAGCGAGUGUGUAUGGUCAGAGUGGUCGGGUCACUGCGGAGGUGACAAGAUUAGAGAACUGAACACUGAAUGUUGAUCAGCUGAAGAGAAGACUAGGCUAUAUAAAAGUAACAUGCAACAAAUUCCAGUGGCUCCAGUGGAGGGGAGGUUACGUCGCAGUGUGCCAAGCCUGCCAGCAAUCAAGCCAGACAGGCUAAAAACAGCUAAAACGCUGGUGGAGAAAGCAGUGAAGCUGAGGAAAGUGUUUUCAGUGCAGGGACCCUACCCUGUGAUCCGUGCUGCCUUGUGGGCCAGAGGGUGGGUGGAACGUCGUUUGCCCCUUCCUGCCCAGAGACCACCUCAUUGCCAUGGCAAUGAGGAGGAGGAUGGCGAUGAUGGUGAUGUCAGUGCUGAUGUUACUGUGGGAGCAGAUGAAGGCGAGAAAGAGGAGAACCUUGAUGACAUGUAUGACCUCAUGUCUCGUCUGGUUCGAAAUGAGACAACUUAUUUCCACUGGACAACGCGUCGUGAUGACAUAGACUAUCGCUCCUUGCAGAAUGACCAAAUGACCAACCACUAUGCAAAUUCUGGGUCGUUUACCACCAAGGUUGGACUCUGUGUGAACCUGCGUAACCUUCAGUGGUUUGAUACAGCAGAUCCUGAUACCUUCUUCCCACGAUGCUACAAGCUUGGGGCAGAGGAUGAAAAGCAUGCAUUCAUAGAGGAUUUUAGGAGGACAGCAUGCACCAGUCUGCUGCAGUACGUGGUCGAGUCAAGUGGAUGGAGGAGAGACACAGCACAGGGCGAGGAACAAAAAGGCGGGAACAGUGUCUCUGAUGAGUUGGAUAACGUGGAGCAUCGAUUUGUUGGUCCAGGAAUAAUUGACACGGCUUUGCGCGUGUGUCAAGAGUUUCUCAGUGUUUUGGAGCACAGCGACAUUGAUAUAACUGUAGAAACACCACCCUCGGUGGAGGAGAAACAGUGGGCAGAGUUUCUGCAAGACUACUACAUGGUUGUGCAUGAAGGUGGAUGGAUCAGGGGUAGCAGUGUGUUUGUGGAGCGCUGCCAGGCCAUGUUAAUCAGACUGCAGGAGGUUUGCCCUCAGCUGGACACAGAUGGACUAAAUAACAUCUGGAUCAUCAAACCAGGUGCCAAGUCAAGAGGGCGAGGUAUUAUGUGUAUGGAUCGCCUGGAUGACAUUUUGGCACUUGUGGACAGUGACAGAGCCCUGACUAAGGAGAGUAAGUGGGUGGUUCAGAAAUACCUGGAACGUCCUCUGUUGGUCCAUGGCACCAAGUUUGACCUCCGCCAGUGGUUCCUCGUCACCGACUGGAACCCUCUGACUGUCUGGUUCUACAGAGAGUGCUACCUGCGGUUCUCCACUCAGCCCUACUCCACAAAAACUCUGGACAGCUCAGUCCACCUGUGCAACAACUCAAUCCAGAAGCACUUCCAGCCGUCCUGUGAGCGCCAUCCAGGAGUGCCUGAGGACAACAUGUGGUCCUGCUCUCAGUUUAGGGCUUUUCUGCAGCGGCAGGGCCGUGGGGCAGAGUGGGAGUCAGUGGUGGUCCCGGGCAUGCAGCAAGCAGUGGUCCGUGCCCUGCAGACAGCCCAGGACCUGGUCGAGCCCCGCAAGGCGAGCUUUGAGCUCUACGGAGCCGACUUUAUGUUGGGCAGAGAUCUGAGGCCUUGGCUUCUGGAGAUCAAUGCCAGUCCAACUAUGGCCUGCUCCACCACUGUGACUGCUCGCCUCUGCCCUGCUGUACAGCUGGACACACUGAGGGUCGUGCUAGACCGACGGACUGAUCCUAGUGCGUACACAGGAGGCUUCCAGCUAAUCUACAAACAGGCUGCAGUUGAAGUUCCUCAGUAUGUGGGAGUGAACCUGCUGGUGGAAGGAGCUCCCAUAAGGCGAUCCAGACCUCCGUUUCAUAGACAAACUGUUAUCUCUAACCGACCUCUCACCAUCCAGUUCCCUUCAGACCAGUCGUCAUCAGAGGAGCUUGAAACGACACAUAAAGCAUCAGGUCAGAAGUCUUACACAGUCUCUGCUUUUCACCACUCAGGCAAGGAGAAUCGAGAGAAGAGGAGGCAGGUGACAUCAACAUCUGCUAAGAGGGAGUGUGAAAAGAGAACAGAGGUUCGGAAAACCUCUUUUGUUUGCAGGUCCAGUCACAGUGUGGCCUAUGAACAGCCUUUGGUGGUACACACCGAACCCCAGAGGAAAGCACGGCGUUUGGCUCUAAGUCUUGGUGCCACUGGGGCAACUCUGGUCCCACGGAGCCUUUCUUUUUCCCUCAGCCCCCCUCACAACAUGUCAGAGUGCAAAUCUCAGGCCAACCCAGGCCAUGGAUCACACAUCUCCAGAUCCUUCAUUCCCCAGACAGCUUUUGAGCCCCAACACAGGACUCCUACCCGGGUCUUUCCUCCACUACGGGGUCCUCUCCCUACUCUGGAGGUCUUUAGCUUGAGACCAAACAUUGUGGCUCGAACCACUGACUGUCGUAAUCCAAACUUGUCCUCUCAUCCCAGUGUCCAUAGGCAACAGUUGUUCCUCUGCUCUCAAAGGCAGAGUAUGUCCAAACUUAAAGGAGAGCACACAUGGGAACAUAAACACUAGCGCUCUAUUAUGUGAUGAAAAGCAAAUACUAAACAGUGCGAAAGAGGUUUUGGUAGCAACAACAGUGUUGUUGAUUAAUAAUUUAAUGGGCUAAACAACAAAUGAAAAACUAAUUACAUAUGAAAAUCACAACAUAUGAUGUGAUUGCAGUAUCAUUCAAUUUAUUCUGAUAGCAUCAGAUUUUGUUUGUAGAAAUUUCAGGCAAUCAUGGCAAGUGGCAGACAUGACACAUUUUCCAAUCAUUCACAUAGGGGCUUUAAAUUUACAACAUCAAGGUAAAUAUGAGUAUAUUUAACUUCUCAUAUUAGGAGUUAAGUUAUACA